AGGAUGCAUGACUCAUGAGGACUGUCCAGGGGCUAGCUGCACAAGAUACGUUGCAAUAGUUCUAUUAGCAAUAAUGAUUCUGGCAUGAGAGCAGCACACAUUUUCGUUCUUUGACUUGAACUGUUUCUUUCAUAACAAUGGAUGAAAGAACGCCACUUCUUGGUGGGUCUGCAAAUAGGCCUGAUGUAAGGGGUUUCCUACAGGAUGGGGAGGGUGAUCCCCUUUUGACCAGGGCGUCCACUGAUGCUGAAUUCAAAGGACAUAUCAUUGCUGAUGUUGAAGUGAGGGUGAACGCAAGACCAAAGUCUGCUCCACCUUUGAGACGAACCCUCAUUGUGAACGACGAUGAAGACACAACGUCUGCACAGAGACAUAGACCUAAGACAAGUCUAGGCGACCAGGAGGAGAUGGAUGACGAUGAUUGGGUAGGCUGGGCCCUCAACAGGCAGAAGAGUAGGAACAAUGAGGAUGAGGAGUUCCUCAACAAAGACACCAACAGGAAGGAGGAUUCUCCCAAGACUCAGGUUGUAAACCUCAUUCUUAUGAACAUCAUCCUUAUCAUCUGGUCUAUAGCCAUCCAUAUCCACGGCCCGGCGUGGAGUCAGUAUUUCUUCCAUAGGUUGGAAGAAGAAGUGUUUGGGAAUACGUCGCGUUCUUCUGACGGCAAUAAUUCGAGCUACGACGCAUCCUACUGUGAAAACCCAUCACUCAACGCUUCAGAUUCAAACGGGACAAACUCCUUACAAGAAAAGGCCGAACAGCUCCAGACGACAUGGAGCAUAAGAUUUACAGUCACAGGAUGUCCUAUUAGUCUUGUGAGUACGGUCAUCUUUAGUGCCUAUUCGGAUUACUUUGGUCGAAAAGUGUUGUUUUUAAUUCCAAUGAUUGGCACGCUACUCAAUUUUGUCCUGACAACCGCCGUCAUUCAUUGGUCAUUAAGCUUUUACAUUUUAUUCAUAGGCUCUGUAAUAGGCUCAAUUUGUAGUACUGAACUAUUCACUAUUGCAUGCUUUGCUUACAUCGCUGACAAUACGUCCCCUGAGGGUUCGCGGACCACUGGCUUAGUUGUGAUGGGAAUAACACAGACUUUGACCAAUGCAGCCUUGGCUACUGGUGUUGGGUACUACAUACAACUUGAAGGCUAUUUCCUACCAUGUGUGACUUCGAUCGCAAUUCUCCUGCUAGCAGUGUUGGCUGUUGUGGUCAUCCUGCCAGAAAGUAAAAAGACGCCAUCGUCUUCAGUGUUGAGGAAACAGAAGAAGAAGGAGAGGAAGUUACUUACUCCGUUAGGAGCCAUAAAAAAUGUUUUCGGUUUUUACUUUACCGAAGGUACUGUGAAAACUAGAAUAAUGUUCUCAAUUCUUUUGUUGGCAAUGGCUUUUCACAAAAUUGCAUCGAAAACUGGUAGCAUCGGUACGUUAUGGGAGAUGACCUGGCCUUUAUGUUGGAGUCCGGAGAUGAUGGGUUACUAUGGGACCGGAGCCUCCAUCUUUUCUGAACUGAUAAAAAUCCCUCUUCUGAAGCUGUAUCAGUGCUGCUUCAACGACGUGCUCAUCGCCAUCUGGAGCAACCUCGCCGUAGUUGGAGCCAAUAUUCUGAAGGCAUUUGCUACCAACAACUUCUUGAUGUACGGGGUUGCAGCCGUCGGAUCCUUUGAUGUAGCUCUAAUCUCCGCAAUCCAGUCUAUCAUGUCAGCAAUGGCCGGUCCUGACCGUCAAGGUGCUUUAUUUGGAAGUCUAUCCAUUAUUGACAUUAUCUGCAGUCUGGUAGGGACGCCUGUCUUCAGUGAAAUCUACCAGUACACUUUAAACAUAUUCAAGGGUGUGUCCUAUCUGGUCGUGGCAGGAUUUCAAGCUGUUGCCACCAUCAUGAUUGUAAUAUAUGCCGUUCUGAGUCGGAUGGGAUACCACACUAAGGUGGAACACAUCAGUAUCAAUGACAACCAGACGGAGCCGAAGAGCACGACCCCAACGGAGGACGACGACCAGGUGUGAUGGCGUGUGAUGAGGUUGCCCUCGGAUCUCUAUCGUACACCUGAUGACAAGCCAUGCAUGAAUUCAUCUUAUCACUCAUCAAACCUCACAGACUCACAGACUUCCUUAUAUAUAUAUAGUUGGAUAUUUAUAUUUAUUCCUUGUUCCAGAAGUUAUAUGACUUCAUCACAACUCUGCUGCCAAACUGGGGAAUGGUUCCUGUUGUGGCGUGUUAGCUUAACAUAUGUCAUAGACUGUAAAAGGUGACCAUGAUUGUCGUAAGAGGCGACUAACGAGAUCGGGUGGUCAGGCUUGCUGAUUUGGUUGAUGCAUGUCAUCGCAUCCCAAUUGCAAUGAUGGCAAUCUCUGGAUUGUGUGUUCCAGACUCGAUUAUUUACAUACCGCAAUAGUACUGAGUGCGGCGUAAAACAACAAACAAACAAACCACUGUUCAUCUCAGCGAGCUUGGAUAUGGUGAUGGCACAACCUGGGAUUCGAACCCAAGAUCAGCGGGUUUCAAUAAGUAGUUUAACGUCUCCUAUAGCAAUAAUCCAUCAGGGCGGAGACGCCUGUGAUGAAGAUGAAACCUCAUCGCCCCUCUGGCAGCUGAGAAACAAUUCAGGGAUUUGCGGCGUUUCGGAUCCAUGGGAUGUGUGGGGAAUCCCGGGUCGCAGUGUGCUGUUAUUGUCUUGAGGACCAUAUAAGGAAGUGAUAGGAUAGUCAGGAUGGGCUGAUCAGAAUCGUUGCUCGUACUUUCAGUCACUGGUUUACCUGGAUCAGUAUUUACAGGCCAUCGUCAAUGUAGCUGGGAUAUUGCUUAACUCUUAACAUUUGACUGUGAACAUGAGCCAAAAUAUAGAUCGACACAGUGUGAUGUUAUCAAUACUGUCAUUGAAUUAUUUGUUUAUGAUAUGAUAUUAUGACACUCGGAUAUGCUUUUGCGAUGGAAAUACUAUAUACAUGUACAUAUUUCACGUAUUCGUUUUCUUUGAGUACUAUUCGUAUAAAACGUUUCUAUUUUAUUUGAGAAGAGUACUGCCAAGUACUAUCAGCGGGUCGUUGAGGCGCCAUCGCUUGUUGUCACAUAGUUGUAGCUCGAUUCACCUGAUUAAAAACCUUUGGCUGCCGGCACACGAACUUAUCUGUGGCCCACAACUUGUCAACACUCACUCACAUGACCUAUUAAAUCCCGAGUAAAUCAGGAAGGAGCAAAGUCAGUUAGUGGGUUAUGUGUCACAACACCUGUCUUAUCAUGAGGAAACUCAUUAGUUUGCUUUGCUCGAGAUGUCAUAUA